AUGGCGUUCCGCUCCGCCACCACUACCUCCCGGCCACCACCACCACCACCACCACCUCCAUCCCACCAGGAUAGCUUCGCGCCCCGAAGCAAGCCAUGGCUACUACACCCGAACCGUAAAGUGCGCAAUCUUGUCUCCAUCUCUCUUCGCAACCUGUCCCUCGCCCCACCUUCACCUCUACGACGACGAGGGAAGACGAUCGACGACGAUGCUGUGCCACAAUCUCUCACCUCGCCUGCGAAACUGGUCGCCUUGCGGGAACAGCGGCCGUUAGAACACUCCCGCAGCUCCAGCGACCUACGAGGCAACAGCUUGCAAGCAGUGGCAGAGGAUGCAUUGACCUUCGACCAGGAUCGUGAUGACAACGUACUCAAUGUAUCGAAUGGAAGCCCGAAGAGCAAGACGAGACCGAAUGGUGCGCCAAGGACACCCCAGCGACCCGUCUUGUCCAAGAUGCGACGACGGAGUACUCUAGAGUGGGCGAAUGCAACACCGCAGCGCCGACAGGAACGCCUAGAAAAUGUGACUAGUGAACGCAUGGCCGAUGUCUUCUUCAGUUUGCACGUCGAUGGCAUCACAGAGUCUGUGUACGUCAGUGAGACGAUCGAGAGGACCAUGAAUCCGACCUUCCGGCAUAUUGACUGGUCGUUAUGUGGACCAGGCAUCACGAGGAUGGAUCAUCUCACCCUUCGCUUCUGGAUCAAGCGUGCGAAGACGCAGAAUUGGAAGCAAUUGCUUGAGUUUGCUAUCAGUCUCCCAAGCUUGCAGUACCUGGGAAAGAGCCUCGACCAGCUACACUAUGCCUUGCCUGAGAAUGCAGUUGUCUUCCACCUUACCGACGGCGUCUACACUUCAUUCCCGUCGUUGUCAAGCUACGUACCGCCGCCUACCGGUCCACCAGCUCGCUCAACGAGCGCAAGAACACUCCCCACAGCAUCCUUUGAUGCUCUCCUGCGCUUGUCGAAGCUGGACGACAGCAUUCAAGACGCGCUUGUGACACGGGACAAGAUCGCCGCCGAUCUCGAAGCACUUCUCAAAACCAACCAGACCGCCCUGACCGAUCGUGAUCGCGUGCCCGAAGCUCAAGACCGACUGAAAACAAUCGACUACGCCAAGAAAACAGUGGAAAAGCAGCUCGUCAAAGCGCGGAAGCAGCAGGACGAAAAGCGCGCCUCUCUCCAGAGCCGCCGAGAUCUCAUGGCCUCAGACCUCAACCAUCGCAAGAAGCAGGUGGAAGAGACCGACAACGCGCGCCCCGAGCUUCCACUCCUUCGCGACGAACACAAAGUCAAACAAACAGCCAUCCGCUCCCAACGCCGCCGAAUCUGCUUGGACCUCUCCGCCAUCUACCCCAUCACCCCACACCCCUCCCAACAUAAACACCCCCUAGCCUUCACAAUCCGCACCCUCUACCUCCCCGACGCCAACGACCUCGACACCACCACCACAUCCACGAACCCCACCACACUCUCCGCAGCCCUAGGCCACACCUCCCACCUCAUCCACCUCCUAUCCUUCUACCUCCGCCUCCCCCUCCCCUACCCCCUGCACCCCCACAGCAGCACAACCACCAUCACGGAUCCCCUCAGCCUCCUCAAAACCGCCGCCAGCACAACCAAAACCUACACCACCCCGACCUCGCUGCGCACCUACCCGCUCUUCCCGCAAGGCGUCCCGCGCUUCCGCUUCGACUACGCCGUCUUCUUGCUCGGGAAGGAUAUUCAGAUUUUGGUGGAAGAGGGGUUUGGCGGGCGGGUGGUGGAUGUGAGGCAGAUGUUGCCGAAUCUGGGGUAUUUGUUUUUCGUGGCGACGGCGGGGGAGGGGGAGGUGGUGGGGAGGAAGGCAGGGGGGGUCAAGGGGUUGCUGGGGAUGAAGGGGGUGGGGGCCGCUGGGGGUCGGGAGAGGAGGGGGAGUGGGGGGUCGGAGGGGAGUUGGUGGAGUGGUGGGGUAGAGGUCAAGGGAAAGCAUCAGCAGGCGAGUGCUGUGGAGAGUUUGAGGCGGAGUGCUAAGGGUGCGGGGGGGAAGAAGCAGGGGUAG